AUGUUAGCAUAAAGUGUACAAGGCUAAUUGUAAGGUCCAAGAUUAAGUGCUGGUCCAGGCUAGAAUGUUUAAAUGGGAUUAGGAAUGAUUCAGCCGACUUUUGGACUAUAAUAAUAGAAUUCAUAAUAAACUUUUGUGCCUUUAAGUGCUUAACUACCUUUUCCAGGAGUUGGGCAAUAUAAAGGAUAGUUGCCUCUCUAAUUUUCAAUGCCACUUUAGGGAGUGAAUCAAGGAUAAUUAUCUCAGCACUUAAUAAAUUAUUAAUAACAGCCAUUAGUUGUUUAAAAUUUAAUUUAACCUUAACCAUAAGUCUAAUAUUAAUAAUAAAUUGUUCAACCUCCUCCAUUGCAAAUAACAUAGCCAGCUUAAAUUGAGAGGAAAGUGAAUUAUAUUCCAUAAAAAAAAUAAAUAGUGAAAAUGGAGGAACAAGAAAUAGAAGAAAUUGUUCCAGUGGAGAGGACUAUUGUAGAAUAUAUACCUGUUUAAACAAUCAUAGAGAAAGUACCAAUUCCUGUGGAAAUACCUUACGAAGUUAUGGUACCAAAACCCUAUAAACAAGAAAUUAAGUAUCCUAAUCAACAAAACUAAUUUAUUACAGAUGAUAUGGGAAAUCCACUUUCUAAUCCUGAAGAUUUGUAUAAAAACAAAGUUCCUCCUACUUAAAUCACAGGUUAUUAAUAAAAAGUUACAGAAAGUGAUGAUGGAGAUGAUGAUGAUUAAACAGAUGAAGAUGAUGAUGAAUUGAUAGAAAAAUAUACACGAAUUAUUGAGGAAAUUAAACAAAGAAGAAGAAGAAGAAGACAUAAGUAAGGAUUGAGUUCUGAUGAUGAAGAUGAUUUCAAUUUUAGUAAAUUUUAAUCGAAGUUUGGACCUCAAUAUGGAAAUUAAGGUGGAUUUUAUGAAAGUAGAUAUGGUAAUGGAGGGGGUGGAUCCAGAUAAUCAUCAACCAUGCCGAAUAGAGGAUAUCAUGGCAGAGAUAAAAGCGCUAGAGAUUAUUUAAAUUAAAGAAGAUGA